AUGGCCGGAAAAGCUCGUCAGGAAGUGCCUACAUACGAGGAAUUUGAGCCGUUAUGCCAAUGGCAACGCAAUGAAGAUAAAGACAUUCUUGAAAUCCAUCUUCAAGGUUUCAAAAAGGAGCAGCUCAGAGUACAAAUCAGCAGCCUGGGCGUCCUCAAAAUCUCCGGCGAAGGUCCGGCAGGAACGUCGUUGAAAUCCAGGUUCCACAAAGAAGUACCCGUCCCGACCGACACCUACGAAACCCAAUCGAUCCAGGCCAAAUUCAUCAACGGCGUCCUCUACAUCACCAUGCCAAAAAUCAAACACGGAUCCAACGGCCCCAAGUUCCCGCUCAAAGACGAUCCGACACCCAAACCGGAAACCUCCGGGACAAAUCAUCCCACGGUGGCCCCACCACUGCCGAAAUCGAACGAUGCCAACGGCGGAUCUGAAAAGGAGCCGAAGACGGACGUUGUAGGGAAUCCGCCGGCAGGAUUCAAGAUCGAGAAACGGAAAAAGCCGGGGCUAGCGAAGGUGGCGGUGAGCCUGGCCACGACGGCAGCGGCCCUGGCUGUGCUGGUGGCUUACGUUGUGUAUAUGUACAAGUGUACGGUUGGUGAGCAGCUUGAUGAGUGA